CGGGCGGACACAUCUCCGCCGCCGUCAGCCUGCCCCACACUCCAGGCCCGGGCCGGCGGCAGGCUGACUCUAGUCGGACAAGAGCUGGGCACCGAAGUGCACAGCCAGCCACCAGUUGGCUUCCACUUUGGCCAGCCACAGACACGGGUGGGGACUGGCGACUACUGUAGCCAGGAGCUUGUAACGAAGCCGCCCAUUGGCUCACUCGGCAUUACUUGGCCCGAGCGCUUCCAAAGGCUUCGAGGAUUGGCUGAGGCUCUCGGCGCCGCGGCCAGUUGGCGGAGCCCAGUCACUCAAAAAUUGAAUUUGGGGCAGGAGGCGCGCGCCUGAGCGCAGCCGUCCCUGGCUGCCAGCGCUGGCUGAUGCGCAGACGCCUGGAGAGCAUGGCUGAGGAUGCGACCAGAGCCUUGGGGAAAGGAAGCCUCCCCCCAGGGCCGGUCCCAGAGGGCCUGAUCCGCAUCUAUAGCAUGCGGUUCUGCCCCUACUCGCACAGGACGCGCCUCAUCCUCCAGGCCAAAGGCAUCAGACAUGAAGUUAUCAACAUUAACCUGAAAAACAAGCCUGAAUGGUACUACACAAAGCAUCCUUUUGGCCAGAUUCCUGUCCUGGAGAACAGCAAACAUCAACUGAUCUACGAGUCUGUCAUCGCCUGUGAGUACCUGGAUGAUGCUUAUCCCGGCAGGAAGCUGUAUCCCUUCGACCCUUAUGAGCGAGCUCGCCAAAAGAUGUUAUUGGAGCUGUUCUAUAAGGUGCCACAUUUGACCAAGGAGUGUCUGGUAGCCUUCAGAUGUGGGAGAGAAUGCACCGAUCUGAAGCUAGCCCUGCGUCAAGAAUUCUGCAACCUCGAAGAGAUUCUUGGCUAUCAGAACACCGUCUUCUUUGGUGGAGACUGUAUAUCCAUGAUUGAUUACCUCUUUUGGCCCUGGUUUGAGCGGCUGGAUGUAUAUGGAAUAGCCGACUGUGUGAGCCACACCCCGGCCCUUCGGCUCUGGAUCGCAGCCAUGAAGCAGGACCCUGCAGUGUGUGCUCUUCUCAUAGAUAAGAACAUUUUCCUGGGCUUCUUGAAUCUCUAUUUUCAGAACAACCCCGACGCCUUUGACUAUGGGCUAAGCUGCUGAGGCUCACAGUCCACCCCUUCACCAGCCAGAAUUCCCAAGCUCAUCAUGAUGCUGCGUCAGGAAUUGUUUUGGUGGGUCAAUAAAUCUCUGUUCAUUUUCUUUGAAGUUCCCAAUAAACAUGGAGACAGAAAA